AUGGAAGGCACCCUGACCGACAAUCCGGAGGACAAGGAUCCGGUCGUUCCUCCAAAGAGAGAGAACAAGACGAAGUCGUUGAAUGAACCACCGAAGAACGAGAAACCGAAGCAUUUGGCCGUCCACCCAAAGGAAGUGGGUUCAGCUUAUGGACACAUAGAGGAAGAUUUGAUCGAUUUCUCGGAGGAUGAGAUGUCGGUCGACGGUCCAAAGGAAGUGGAUUUGGGCUAUGAUUCCAUGGAGGAGGAUUUGAUUGGGUUCUCAGACGAUGAAACGUUGGACGACCGUCCAAGUAAAAAGAGACCAGUUGACGUUUCAGAAGAUCACGAGAUAGCUGAUCUUCCAGAGAAGAAAAAGUUUAAGAAAUUUUGA